AUGGAGGACGAGGAGGAGGAGGAGAUCACCGCCGCCACGCUGCGGGGCAAGCCCCGGCCGCCGCCCAUCUCGGCGCUGUCCGCCUUCAGCUUCGUCCCGCCGCGGCGCCAGGACCCCAAGGAGCACAGCUACUACUACCGCCAGAGCCAGACAGGAAUUAUUUCCCUGUAUGACUGUGUCUUUAAGAGGAGCCUAGAUUAUAAUCAGAAGUUGCAUCGAGACGACAGAGAACAUGCAAAAAGCCUGGGACUUCACGUUAAUGAAGAGGAACAGGAAAGGCCGGUUGGAGUGCUGACAUCUUCUGUGUAUGGCAAGCGCAUCAACCAGCCCAUUGAGGCCCUGAACCGGGACCACGGCCGCGCCAACCACGUCCAGGCUGACUUCUACAGGAAGAAUGACAUCCCCAGCCUCAAAGCACCCGGCUUUGGGCACAUCACUCCAGCCUGAAGCCAUCCCUGUGGCCCGUGGAGCACGUCGGGUGUGCCGCUGGCAGCUGAGAGUGCCCAGAGCCUUAUUUCCCCUUUCCACAACAUCUAGUAGCUGUAGUAAGGUCUUUGCUGCAUCUUGACUGUGGGAAGGGUGAACAGACCAGCAGCUUUCUCUCAGGCUGUCUUGGUUAAGAACCUGGCCAACCUCCUUUAAUACCUCUUAGGACUAUCUAGUGUGAUGAUUUUCACCUGGAAUUAUUUAGGAUUAAAUGAUCCUGGAGACUAAUUCACUGUGAGCACCUGAAUAA